AUGGAGAUGGAGCCUGAGCCUACGAAAAGGCUAAGAAGAUCGUUGGUUCUAUCCGUCCCACCCGAAAUAUUUGAUAUCUUCAGCGAUUACAUCGAUGAUGAAGAUGAUUUUCUAGCCUUGAGAAUGGUCUGUCAAGACUUCAAUGCAAAAUUCCGUGAAGCACACCUCAAAUGCAUCUACGGAGUUCGUCGACUUUUCUACGCCCUCGAGAGUUUUGAAAAUCUAUUAAAAAUUUCAAAACACCCUUCUGGUAUGAACAAGUAUGUUCGACAGAUAGAUAUCUGUUGGUCAGCACCUUACUACCAUUUCAUCGGUGGCGAUGAGUUCGUCAACAAAGUCGAAGCGAAUGCCAACGGCGAGUUCGAUGAGAUCAGAGAUAUGGUGCUAGCAAUUACAGAUCUAGCGGGUCAAAAGGCAGAUGAAGUAUUGAAAUUUCAAUUGUCUGACGAGGAAAUUACCUUCUUUAGUCUUGCGUUAGCCGGGUUUCCGCACCUACGAACAAUAAACGUGGAACAGGCUAUUUUCGAGAUGAAGCCCUUUUCUCGAUCGGAAUUCAACCUAUUAUUCCCGGGUGUCGGAAUGGCCCCUGGUAAACACCUUCACCAUCUUCUGAAAAAUAAUCGUUUGGAAAGUUCAUUCUUCCACGGGACGAGAUUAAUGGAGGAUGAGCCGUCAAAUGGUUUCUUUUGGAAACUUCCAAUACAUUCCUUAUUAGCAUCAGGGGCGACACACCUUCAGACAUUGGCUUUCAAUAAUUCGACCGGACUUCAAUCCGAUGCAUUCGAUCUGUCCGCAUAUAAUCUACCCCAGUUUAAAGCAACAUUCGCCAAUCUGAAGAGCUUAAAAUUUUAUAUGGGGGGGUUUAAUUCGGGUUCUGACGAUGACCAGAGAAUUAAUGCAAUGUUCGGCGGCUGGCUCGAAACAAUCGGAGCGAACCUAGAAGAAUUAUCACUCGAAAGCAAAAGAUUUUAUCACUGGAAUCGUGCGGUAGUCCUUCCCGUAAACAUAGGACUACCGAGGUUGAAGAAACUAACACUUGAUCACUUUGUGGGCUCGACGUCGAAUUUGGUACAGUUUUUAGACACAUGCAAAUCACAGCUUCGAUAUCUCGUGAUUCUGAACACUAUGUUUGAAAGUUCUGAGAUUUCAGAAUGGUAUAUGUUGCUACAAUACCUAAAAGAAAACUGCAUUCGCCUUCAAGAGAUGGAGUUAAGACCAUCCGUUUUCGAAGUUAUAGAAAUUCAGUAUAAUAAUGACUUAGUGACGGAAAUUCUUCCUAGCCUCUUGGCAAAGGUUACAAAGAAUUCGAUAUUUGACGAGUGCGAUUGGACUGUUGUGUAUCCUAGUGUCAGACCCGGGGUCAUGGUGGAAGAGAGACGACGAAUUAAUGACGCUAUAGGGCGUUUUUCGAACGCAGAGGACUUCUGGGAUUCCGUGACCGAAGGGAAGUGGAGGUCUCAAGAAUUUAUACAGGAUCUUCUUCAUGAACCAGACCAUGGGUUAUUUUAG